AUGAAAUGGUUUCACGUCAUUCGCCCCCUUCCUUGUAACCCAUGGCUCCACUCUCACCUCUCCACUCCUUCAACUUUCCCUCCCGCUCCCCCCUUCUGGGUUCCCCUCCCUUUUGGUUUUCCUUCCCUCUGGAUUCCUCUCUUCUCCCUCUGGGUUCCUCUCCUCUCCCUCUGGGCUCCUCUCCUCUUCCUCUGGUUUUCUUUCCUUUCCAUAUGGGUUCCUCUCCCUCUGGGCUCCUCUCCUCUUCCUCUGGUUUUCUUUCCUUUCCAUAUGGGUUCCUCUCCCUCUGGGUUCCUCUUUUCUUCCUCUGGGCUCCUCUUCUCUUCCUCUGGGUUUCUUUCCUCUCCCUAUGGGUUCCUCUCCCUCUGGGCACCCCGUCCUCUGGGCACACCGUCCUCUUGGUUCCCCUCAUCCUUUCUGUCAGAGUCUCCCCAUUGUCCGCAUUAG